CACCACCACGCCGAACCGCAGCCAUGGCGAUCCAGAAGAAGCAUGGAAAAGGUCGUCUCGACAAAUGGUACAAGCUCGCCAAGGAAAAGGGCUACCGUGCCCGUGCCGCCUUCAAGCUGAUCCAGCUGAACAAAAAAUACAACUUCCUGGAGAAGAGCAAGGUCCUGAUCGAUCUCUGCGCUGCGCCGGGAUCAUGGUGUCAAGUCGCCUCAGAGGUCAUGCCCGCGCAGUCCCUCAUCGUCGGUGUCGAUCUCGCCCCAAUCAAGCCCAUCCCGCGAUGCAUCACCUUCCAGAGCGACAUCACCACCGACAAGUGCCGCGCGACGCUGCGCCAGCACCUCAAGCACUUGAAGGCCGAUGCAGUCCUCCACGACGGUGCGCCCAACGUCGGUACCGCCUGGGUGCAGGACGCCUUCACCCAGGCUGAGCUGGUGCUGCAGUCCAUGAAGCUGGCGACGGAGUUUCUGGCCGAGGGUGGAACCUUUGUCACCAAGAUCUUCCGCUCCAAGGACUACAACUCGCUCCUCUGGGUCUUCAACCAGCUGUUCACAAAGGUCGAGGCCACGAAGCCGCCCUCGAGUCGAAACGUCUCCGCCGAAAUCUUCGUCGUCUGCCGUGGCUACAAGGCCCCCAAGAACCUCGACCCCAAGUUCCUCGACGCCCGCAGCGUCUUCGCCGAACUCCCCGACGCCAUCCCCAACAACGAGGCCAAGGUCUUCAACCCCGAGAAGAAGAAGCGCAAGCGUGACGGUUACGAGGAGGGCGAUUGGACCCAGUUCAAAGAAGUGCCCGUGUCGGAAUUCAUCCAAACCACCGAUCCUAUCGCCAUGCUGGGCAGCCUGAAUAAGCUCAGCUUCGAACAGAAGCCCAACGGAGACAUUGCCAUCUCGACCAUCGACAAGCUGCCGGAAACAACAAAGGAAGUCAGAGACUGCUGCGCCGAUCUCAAGGUCUUGGGCCGGGCUGACUUCAAGCGCCUUCUCCGCUGGCGUCUGAAGGUGCGGGACAUCUUUGGCUUCUCGACCAAGAAGAAGGAGGACGAGGCUAAAGAAGCAAAAGAAAAGGAGGUGGAAGAAGGGGAAGAGGUGGCGAGAAUCGAGUCCAUGGAUGAGGAGAUGAAGCUACAGGAAGAGCUAGAGAAACUCAAGGACAAGGACUCGAAAACCAAGAGGAAGCAGCGCCGCAUCGAAAACGAACGGAAACAAAAGGAAAUCACACGGCUGCAGAUGAACAUGACGACACCCUUUGAAAUCGGUCUGGAGCAAGCUGGUCCACAAGGCGAAGACUCCAUGUUCGCUCUCAAGGCUGUCGACAAGGCGGGCGCGCUCUCUCGCAUCGCCAGGGGCAAGAUGGCAACGAUUGUCGAGCGCGAAAAGGACGAGUCGAGCGAGGAGGAGAUGUUCACCGAUGACGAGGAAGAUCAUCUCGAGCGAGAUCUCGAUGCCAUGUACGGCGAGUAUGUCGAACAGAGGUCAAUCAGAGACGCCAAAUACCGCGCCAAGCGAGCCAGGGGAGAGGAUGCGGAUGGGGAGUGGAACGGCUUUUCCGAGAACGAAAGAGAAGAGAGCGACCACGAAGAACUCGUACAAGACCAAGAGAGCGAUAGCAGUGACGACGAGGAGGGACCCAAGGCGUUGAUCACAGACCUCGACAACGAAGACGGCUCCAGCAAAGGCCUCACAAAGCGAGCAGCGCGGUUCUUCGACCAAGACAUUUUCAAGGGCAUCGACGGACUGGACGAAAUGGAAGAAGACGAGGACAGCGGCAUUGACGUCGAAGAGGACGUCGAAAUGGCGGACGCAGACGAGAAAGUAACCAUCGCACUGCACCCCAAGAAAACACCCACAAACACCAAGAAGCCAUCGCCCCCCCAGCAACCCCCCGCCGACGACUCCUCAGACGACGAAGACAAGAUCGAAGAAGUCAAGCGCGACGAAACCCAAUGGGAGCACGACGACAUCCCCAUGAAAAACGGCAAGCCCGACAUCGACAUCAUAACCGCCGAAGCCAUGACGCUCGCGCACCAAAUGGCCACGGGCCAGAAGACCAAACACGACCUCCUCGACGACUCGUUCAACCGCUACUCCCUCCGCGACGUCGACGGCCUGCCCGACUGGUUCCUCGACGACGAAAACAAGCACUCGCAGCUCCAGCGGCCCGUCACCGCCGCGGGCGCAGCCGCCAUCAAGGAGAAGCUCCGCGCCCUCAACGCCCGCCCCAUCAAGAAGGUGCGCGAGGCGCAGGCCCGCAAGAAAUUCAAGGCCGCCCAGCGCCUGGAGAAACUCAAGAAGAAGAGCGCUAUGCUCGCUGAUGAGGAGGGCAUGACGGAGAAGGAGAAGGCGCAGAGUAUUUCCCGCUUGAUGAGCCGCGCGAGCAAGAAGAAGCCCAAGCAGAAGGUUAGCGUUAUUGUUGCGAGGGGCGGCAAUAAGGGGAUCAAGACGAGGCCGAAGGGGACAAAGGGUAAAUAUAAGAUGGUUGAUGCGAGGUUGAAGAAGGAUGUUAGGGGUGAGAAGAGGGCGGCGAAGAAGAGGAAGUGAAGUAGUCGUGGUGGUGGUGGUGGGAGUAGGAGUAGUCUAUGAUUUAAAAAGGUUCUGCGCAUUGGAACAUGAUGAUGU